AUGCGUGUCGCCGCUCUCCUCCCCUUCCUGACGGCAGCCAUGCCCGCUGCUGCUGCUGCUGCGCGUGGAACUUUCGGCCUCGCCCUGGGAAACCAGAACACCGACAAGAGCUGCAAAUCCUCUAGUGACUACGAGGCUGAUUUCGACGCCAUCAAGGGCCUGACCACACUUGUGCGUACGUACUCCGCGAGCAACUGCGAUACGGCAAAGAACAUCAUUCCUGCUGCCAAGGCAAAGGGUUUCAAGGUUGUUUUGGGGGUUUGGCCCGACUACGACCAGUCCUUCAACGAGGAUUUCGCUGCCCUGAAGGCGUCCGUCCCCGGAAACGAGGAUGUCAUCCACGCCAUCACUGUCGGCUCUGAGUGUCUCUACCGUGGAGACAUUACCGUUGACAAGCUCCUGAGCAGAAUCAACCAGGUUAAGAAGCAAUUCCCCACCGUGACUGUUGGUACCGUGGACAGCUGGAACAAGUUUGCCGAUGGCACUGCGGAUCCCAUCAUCCAGGGUGGUGUUACCUACAUUUUGGCCAACGGCUUCGCUUACUGGCAGGGUCAACAAAUUGAUAACGCCACCAAGACUUACUUUGACGACAUGGCCCAGGCUAAGGCGCGUAUCGAGCAGAUCGCUGGUGACAAUGCGAAGAACAUCCAGUUUGGGACUGGCGAGACUGGCUGGCCUACCGAUGGUGGAUCCGACUAUGGCGCUGCCAAGGCCAGCACCACGAUUGCUGCCGAAUACUACAAGCGAGCUGUCUGCGGUAUGCUCGCAUGGGGCGUCGAUGUGUUCUACUUCGAAGCCUUUGAUGAGUCCUGGAAGCCCGACAGCGUUGGCGACAACGGCAAGGCCAUGGAUGAGAAGCACUGGGGUCUCUUCACGGCGGAUCGCAAGGCCAAGUUUGACACUGCUUGCGAGUAA